GGGGCGGGUUACAGAGCUUUUGAGUAAAAUUGCAUCAGAUUUUUUUUUUUUUUUUUUUUUUGUAUAUAGAUCACAGUUUUGCUUUCACUAAAUCCAGGUUUUAGAUUGCACCAGUUGCAUAUACUGGAUCAUGGACUUUUAUGCGUUACAUUUUACGUUGAAUUAUUUACGUGAGCUGUGUAGAAAAACUCCGUGAAAGUUUUCGACUUCCAACACGCGGCGCACAGCUGAAGCAAAACGCACAGCUUCAGUCAGUGAAAAUCAUGUGGCCGUGCUAGUGUGGUUUCUUGUUCCUCAAUGUGGUAUAACGUUGUAAUUAGUGCAGUGCCGUGCUUUAUUUUCUGUUAUGUCAAUUGUAAAUGUGUUUAUAUAAUAUUGGAUAGUUUAGCAGCAGCUUAGCACGCCUAGCUUACAAUGGCCAAUUUGAGUUUACGGAGACAAAUGUGGAGAUCUCUGGAGCUGGCGACGGCCGAGCUGCGCCUGGAGCUCACCCUCGCUUGUGGACAGUCGUUCCGUUGGAGAGAAACAGCUGAGGGCCACUGGACUGGAGUGAUGGGUGGACGGGUUUGGACAUUAACCCAACUAAAAAACCAACUGUGGUACUAUGUUUAUGAAAAGCAACAAGACACUGCUCAUAAGAAGUGGACAGAAGAAGACUGUGAACCUGAAACUAAAUAUAAAGUUGAUGUGAAGGCUGAAGGACAUGCCUACAGUGAGGAAGAGAAGCUGUUGAGGGACUAUUUUCAGCUGAAUGUUAAUUUUGAAGAGUUAUACAAAGACUGGGGAGAGAGAGAUCCUCAUUUUAAAAAGCUUGCUGAUACAUUUUCAGGUGUGCGAAUGCUCCGGCAGGACCCAACAGAAUGCCUUUUCUCUUUCAUCUGUACAUCCAACAACCAUAUUUCUCGGAUCCAAGGGAUGGUUGAGCGGCUGUGCCAGACACUGGGCACCAAGCUGUGCCAACUGGAUGAAACCUCUUAUCACGACUUUCCCACCCUCUCGACUCUAGCAGAAUCCAAUGUUGAGACGUGUUUAAGGGAUCUUGGUUUUGGAUAUCGAGCUAAGUUCUUGCAACAAAGUGCUAAGACAAUUCUUGACUCACAUGGACCUAACUGGCUCAGUGGUCUCAGAAAUGUUCCAUAUUGUGAGGCACGCGAUGCUCUCCGCACUCUUUCUGGAGUGGGAACUAAGGUGGCAGACUGUGUGUGUCUGAUGUCUCUAGAUAAGCCAGAAGCUGUUCCUAUUGACACACAUGUCUGGCAGAUUGCCAAACGUGAUUAUAAAUUUGUUUCCAGUCAUGGUCAGAAAACUAUUACAGACAAACUCCACAGAGAUAUUGGUGAUUUCUUCCGAAACCUGUGGGGCCCUUAUGCUGGAUGGGCACAGUCAGUCUUGUUUUGUUCUGACCUCAAGAAAUUUCAAAAUCUGAAGCAGAAGCCAGUCACAAAGAAGCUGAAGCGAGAGAUCAAAUGUGAAGACACUGAUAAAGAAACAAUUCAAAGAAAAAUUAUAAAACAGGAAAAUAAUAAGAACAAAAGGCCAGUGUCAAAGAAGACCACAAAAACAUCUGUGAAAUGAAGAGGUAUUCUUGCAAUGUCUCUGGAAUCCACUAGAAUCUUUUAAUACAUGUUUGAUAAGUUUACAUUGCAAUUCAAACUAAAUGCUAUUUUCAAAUAUUUCCACUAGACGGCUGUAUGCAUUAAUGAAGUUAUUUAUGCAGAUCUGUUGUAAAAUAGAGAGAUUUUUUUUUAUAAUAAAUGUGUCUUAUAA